AUGAGAAUGGGUCAUGUUAACUCAACCCAAGGCAGUGAAGAGAGACGUGUGAGCCAACCCACAACCAGUUUUGAUUUUGAGACAGAUGCAAAUAUUGUUCACAAUGGCAUUCUUAAUACAGAAAAGUAUCUGCCAAAGCUUGAUAUUAUAAGUAAGUUUUUUGAUGAUUAUAAUGUUAACAACCACUUUGCUAGAUGUUGAUCAACUUCAGAAAUUGUUGCCUUUUCAAUGCUAUUUACAGCAUAGCUGUAGGUUGACAAGCUGCUGCAGUACACAACCCACUAAUUUAGUAACUUCAUUUUCAGCACUUGAUAGUAACAUUGCCCUAGUUACAGAUGUAUUCUGUAAUGGAGACACAGUUAGCCCGGAUGCAAAUGGUGAAGUUCAUGGUGUCAAAGAUUUAGACCUUGGUUCAGAUGAGAGUAAUGAAGAUUUAGGCCUUGGUGUAGGCGAGGAAUUUGAUUCGGAUGAACAAUGGACGAGAACAAUUCCAACUGUGUUUCACUGGGAUCGUGGUGGUCAAGAAGUAUUUUUAGCUGGAAGUUUUUCUGAGUGGAAUGCCAGGAUUCCAAUGAACUCAAGGUAUUGGGGAGUUGAUUUGCCAAAUGCCAUUCAUUUGCAACUAAGGAUGACCAAUUUAGAGGGGGAGGGGUGCCCACACCUCCUUGCCAAUUUCCUUAUCAUUGUUUAAUCACUAGAGGGAGCUCUGUUCAUGCUUUAAUAUUUAAUUUAACUGCUCUGUCUUCUUUAUUGUAGUAAUGGAGAAUUUGAAACCAUUAUUGAAUUGCCUGAGGGAGAACAUGAGUUUAAAUAUCUUGUUGAUGGAAAAUGGGUUCAUGAUCCUAACAUAGUAAGUUUCAGUUUGCUUGUGACCAAAUACUUGUCAAUGUAAGGUGGCCUGUGUGCUGAUAUAUUUCUGCAAUCAGUAAAGAUUGGUUUGUGUACAGGACAAAAAAGAUGUACAUAUCAGAGAGAUCCAGAUUACAUCAGUUACCAUAACUUGGCCACAAUCAGCAAGUCAAUGGAAACCAGUUUCUUAGAUUAAUUCAUUAAAUACUUUUCAUUUAUUGUGUUAUAGCCAACUACCAAUGAUACAUUUGGAGGCAGAAACAAUGUUGUUUCUAUUAAGAAGUCUGAUUUUGAAGUAAUGUCUGCAUUAAACUCAGAUGACAAGAGACUUGCUCAAAUUGCAAUUAGCCCAACUUCAACUGAAGGCUCAUAUGGUCAGCUGAUUCCUUCCCAUCAUACACCUAUGGUUGUUAAAGAAAAGGUUGUUCACUCAAGUGUCCCCCCUGCCGUGCCACCUCACCUACUCAAUGUUAAUUUAAACAAACGAGUGCCAAAUGUUAACGAACCCUCGUUACUACAUGAACCUAAUCAUGUUUCAGUUAAUCACCUGUAUGCUUUGUCAAUUAAGGUAUGUUCAUUAUGUGAUAACAAUCAUUGUUAAAUGGUGCUGCACAGUUAAAUGCUGGAGCAUAUGGAUGAUGUAAUUGUGGAAAUUUAGACCUGCAUUGUAUUGUUUGAAAUUCAGUUAAAUCUCUGUCCUGUUUAGGGGUGCACCGGAUUUCAAAUCCGGCCGGAAUUCCGGCCGGAUUUAACAAAUUUUCUGGCUUCCGGCUGGAUUUGGAGAAAAUCCGGCCGGAUUUAAAUUUCUGUUUUCACCUUAAAAAAUUCACGAAGAAUGGGAUAAACCAUCAAUUUGGCAGCUUUAAAGUUUAAAAAACACUUACAUUAUUAUAAAAUAUUAAGUUAUUAACAAAAACAUGUUUAAAAAAGGUUUAUUAAACACAAUCAAAAAUCUAAACUGACACUAACUAAAAAUAGUAAAAAACAUAAACCGUCAUUUUGAAUACUGAUUUAUCCCCAAUUGUCCCCAUUACCGGUUUAUCUCAAAUCCGGCCGGAAUUCCGGCCGGAAUUUUUGUCCAAAUCCGGAAAAUCCGGUUCCGGACGGAUUUGAAAAUUCCAAAUCCGGUGCACCCCUAGUCCUGUUUUAAAUUAUUAAACCAUUCUAACUUGUAUUUUGGUUUGGUGUUCAUGUAGGAUGGUGUAAUGGUGGUCAGUUCAUGUAUUCGAUACAGGAAGAAAUUUAUAACAACACUUCUCUAUCGACCAGUUACAAUGCCGAGACGGUGA